GCACAUCUUAAACUAGUGAGAAGAGUCAAUACACAAUUACAACUUUCAAAAAAUAUCAUACAAAUACAAAAAAUAUCACGACAAAAACCUACACUUGAGUGUGAUAAAGACGAAACUCAUCACACUUCUUUCAUAAAACGACAUCACUGACUUGACUAUUUUGAAAAUACAUUUGUGAUAAAGUAGCAAACUUACAGCUCCCAUUCAUACUUUCCAAGCACAAUUACGAGAGAGAGAGAGAGAGGGAGGGAUCAGGGAAGGGAUAUGAAGAAAAACGAUUACAAUCCACUGUUUGAGAGCAAGGCAGCCAAAUGGCGCGGUGUUUACUGGUUUUACGCGAUUUCUAUGGCUGUCUCGAUAGCAUUGAUAUGCAUCUACAGAGUGAUGCACUUCCCACAACAACAUGGACUGACAAGAUGGACAUGGAUUGGCAUUUCCAUGGCAGAGCUCUGGUUCAUCAUCUACUGGAUCAUCACUCAAUUUCCUCGAUAUCGAGCUGUCUCCCGUUACACCUUCAAAGACAGGCUCUCCUCCAGGUACAUAGCAAAACCAACCCAAAACCGCAGAUAUCAGCAACUGACAGAAAAGCUUUUUCAUGCAGAUAUGAGGACGGCCUUCCAGGCGUGGACAUAUUUGUAAGCACAGCCGACCCUCAACUGGAGCCCCCCCUAAUGGUGGCUGACACUGUGCUUUCGCUGAUGGCCUAUGAUUACCCUCCCGAGAACCUCAGCGUGUAUCUUUCUGAUGACGGAUGCUCUGACUUGAUGUUCUACGCUCUUUAUGAAGCUUCAAAGUUUUCCAGAGUAUGGCUGCCAUUUUGUAGGAGUUUCAAAGUCGAGCUUCGGUCGCCUAAUGCUUACUUCUCUGCUGUUAAAGAAGUGCCUAGUGAUGACCCUUCUUUAGCCAAAGAAUGGAGGGAGGUCAAGAACUUGUAUAACGAAAUGGAGGCGGGAAUAACUGACAUCAUGAAGCUGGGGAGAGUUCCUGAUCAUUUGAGGAAGCACCACAAAGGACUUCGUGAAUGGGAAUCGGGCACAAGCAGAAGCAACCACCAAACAAUUCUUCAAGUGCUAAUUGACGGGAGAGGCAACAAGGACGUGGACAUAGAAGGGAAACCAUUGCCAAUGCUCGUAUAUUUGGCACGUGAGAAGAGACCUGGGUACCCACAUAACUUCAAAGCAGGAGCCAUGAAUGCCUUAAUAAGGGUGUCAUCUAGGAUAAGCAACGGCCCAAUCAUUCUCAAUCUAGAUUGCGAUCACUACUCAAACAACCCUCAAUCUGUGAGAGAUGCAUUAUGCUUCUUCAUGGAUGAACAACAGGGCCAUAACAUUGGCUACGUGCAGUAUCCUCAGAAAUUCGAUAACAUCACAAAAAAUGAUCUUUAUGGAAGCUCUUUGAAAGUGCCCCAUGACCUGGAGCUUACAGCCUUGGAUGCACAUGGAGGACCACUAUACAUUGGAAGUUGCUGUUUCCACAGAAGAGACGCUCUCACCGGGAAGAAAUAUGAGAAGGGGUCUCACAUCAACUGGAAACAAGUGGAUGAGAUACAUGAACCAGAAAGAGAAAAUUUUCUAGAGGAAACUGCCAAGUUUGCAAAUUGUAGCUAUGAAGAGAACUCACCCUGGGGCAAGGAGAUGGGGUUGAAGUAUGGAUGUCCUGUUGAAGAUGUGGUUACUGGAUUAUCAAUACAGUGCAACGGAUGGAGAUCCGUCUACUUUAACCCAGGGAGGAUAGGCUUCUUGGGAGUAGCUCCUGUGACGCUGUUAAGUGCAUUAAUUCAGCAAACUCGAUGGUCUGAAGGCCACUUUCAGAUAUUCCUGUCAAAAUACUGCCCUUUAGUAUAUGGCCAUGGAAAGAUCCCAAUACAACUUCAACUAUCAUAUCUCUGCUACAACCUGUGGGGAGCAAACUGUUUGGCUACGUUAUACUAUGUAACUGUACCGACCUUUUGCCUUCUGAAGGGAAUCAAUUUGUUUCCACAGUUUUCAAGCAACUGGAUUCUACCAUAUACAUAUGUUCUCGUAGCAAAAUACACUUACAGUCUGGGAGAGUUUCUCAGCUGUGGAGGCACACUAAAGGGAUGGUAUAAUGAUCAGAGAAUGUGGCUGUACAAGAGAGUUACCAGUUAUCUUUUUGGAUUCUGUCAAACAAUCAUGAGGUACUUAGGCUUCGUAAAGUUGGAUUUUACAAUCACUGGGAAGAAUGUGGACGAUGAUGUUUCUAAAAGAUUUGAGCAAGAGAUAAUGGAAUUCGGUGCAGCUUCAUCAAUGUUCAUCAUUUUAGCAACAAUUGCGCUGUUCAAUCUCCUUACAUCAAUCUCUAUCACCAGAAGCAUCAUUAUCAAGAAGCCAGCCGCAGAUCUGGAUUCUUGUGCAUUACAGAUACUUUUGAAUGGGGUAGUGAUAAUAAUCAACUUACCCUUGUUUGAAGCCCUCUUCCUUCGGAAUGAUCAGGGUUGUAUCCCCUCUUCUGUCACAUGCCAGUCAAUUGUUUUAGCUGUGUUAGCUUAUAUGUUAGGAUAUUGAGAUUAUAAACUUCAAACAUGUGAAGAAACGGGCAAAACAUCAAGUCAUUGCAUAUUUGCAUGUACUUGCUGACAUUUAUGCAAUACAUUCAUGUUUCGAGAAA